AUAGCAACAGAGUCAAACUUUGCCUGUGGAGUUUGGGCUUACAGACUGGCUGGUUUUGUACUGGUGAGCAUCUUGUGAAAGUUUUUGAAGAAUGAGUGCAGGACGAGCUUCUGAAGGGGCAGGAUCUGUUUCACUGUGGGGGUUCAGUCCAUCCCUUAACCUGCUGACCACAGGCCGGAAACAAAAUGCAGAGAAAGCCAAUAUUCUACUGGUGGGCAGUGGAGAUCCCCGCCAUAUUCUCAAAACUAUAGCUGAACUGCCAGACAAACACAAUCUCCAUGUGUGGGUGAUUGAAAACAAUAUGGAGGUGAUGGCCAGACAGAUGCUGAUGCUGUAUCUUGCUUUGAUGCCCCACGACAACAUGGGACUCAGAGAGAAGACUGAAGUUUUCCUUGAGAUUUUUGGAAACAGUGAAGUCCGUAGCCACACAGCCGAGACGCUCAGACAUGCAGCAUCACGCCUCAUCGUGUCAGUUACAGAAACAAUGGAAGAAGCCACACAUCCAUGUUUGGAUACUUCACUUCUCAAAUUCAAAGAGAGAGAUGAGCUGGUCAGGAUAUUUAAGCAAUGGACACAGCCGGAAUAUUCUGUAUCGGGACAUCCUACUCCCAUCGUGAUGUCCAAAGCCUGGGAUUAUCGAGUGCGCCAGCACCUUGGGACACGCUAUGACUCCAGGAUGGGCUGCUUUGACUGGGACCUCAUCAUGAAGCUACACGAAAAAGGGGGCCGUCUAAUCCAUAAACAUCAAUAUACUCAAUGGCGUGCAGGAGGCGUGGCAUUUGAGCUGAGAGAAGGUGUCUACCAAACUUUAAAUCCAACUUUUCUGUCUUCAAGGGUUUUCAGUCAGAAAAUGUCAAAGGUUGCUGUCACGGGCUACUGGGGUGACAUAGUAUCCAGUCCUUACCUCUCAUUUGGCAUUGAGACUGACGAUAAAAGUCUAUUGAAGACACAGAAUGGGCAUCAUAUCAAAACAGCACAAGACGUCUCUGUUGCUAAUGUCCAGACAUUGUUCCUUUCCCUGUAUAAUAGACAGGGAAGCCCCACUACUCCAGAUGAAGAAAAACAAGUGCCAUCCACUCACAAUGACCCAAAAUGUGUCUCUGUCAAUGAUUUGUUGCAUCUUGAUGGCAUCUCUGUAACUUUCUUGCCAAUGGAUGCACUGAGAAAGAUGCCACAAAAAGAGAAAUAUUCCAGUCUUUUUAAUGUCAUUUUCUUCUCUGUUGGCUGCAUACAACAGUUGGACCCAGCACUGAGACAGAUUGCAGCACCAGACGCGGUGCUGGUCAUGGAGCUGGCCAAGUUUAUCUUGGACCUGAACAAAGAACAAGAAAGCGGUUUUACAACUAAAGUGAAGGAUAUUGCACAAGAAUAUGGAUUUGAGCCUUUGCAAGAAGAGACGACUAAUGAUGUUUUUGCAAUUUUUACUCCACAAAGGUGAAAUUACUUAUUUUUAUGUUAGUUUACAAAUAAUAUGCUGUCACAAAUUCUCUUUGGAGCAUCAUAGAUAUUACACAGACAACAAAUGAUUUGAAUAAUUUAAAUGUUAUUAUUUGCAGUUAUGUAAAUAUGGAGAUAUAAACCCAACAUGACACAAGUAAAUCUAUGUUAGGUAAUACUUAUUAACACUGCAACAUGCAAACAAAAGGUCCCUCAAUAGAGUAUCAUCUUGCUUUUCAUUACUUCCAUCGUCCUCCAACCUUCCCCUUCCCAUGGCAUUUUUUGCUGUAGCAUAAAAGAUGAGAACAGUGUUGUGUCCAAUAAAAUGCUGGCAUUUAAAGAUUGUGUACAUAGACAGACUCACAAUUUCUGGGCAUGCUGGAUUCGGUUCAGGAGGACGUUUAUCUGGAAAAAUAAGAAAUAAAAUGUAUUAUUGCUUUAGAAUGUCACUUGUAUUAAAAAGGCUAACCUCAUAUUUCUGUCUCUUCAUCUUCUCUGUCAACUCAAACUUCUCUGACUCCAGUUGGUAGAUUCGCUCCCACAUUUCUUUGGCUCUGGCUCUGAAAAGCCAAAGAGUUAAAUGCUACUACAAACAGGGUUAUUAAAUUAGUCUAAAUUUUAAAUGUUAACAAAUAGGCCAAAAAAAAAAAAGCCUGAUCAAUACAUUUAUUGCAAAAAAAUAGUUUUAUGUCAUAAUUUGGGUGUGUGAGUUCUAUCGCACAGUGGUGCUUUUGAAACAUGAGUCACAAAACAAUACUAAUAAAUCUAAUAAAUAUGACUAAUCUUUCACUAUAGGUUAACCUCAGACAAUGCAUAAAAUAAAUCAUUAUUUCAAAUAAUUGUGAUUUCAAUUAUGAUCCACAUAGUUGUGAUUGUUCUGUUUUCAUAAUGGAGACACUCAACCUCAGUCCAUCCUCCCUCAGAUGCUCAAUGGCCAGUGGGGUACGUCUUUCAGCCAGUGUCUUCUUCUUGAUCUCUCUUGCUGUUUGUCUUUUACCACGUCUCUGCUCAGCCUAGCACACAGAAACAAUAGUUUAAUACAAUAUUAUCUGAAAAAAAACAAACCCAACAACAUAUUUUUCUAUCACUGACUUUUGCCAGGAAGCCACCAAAGUGUGCACCCAUGUUUGAGAGCACUUUUUUCUUCUUAGCUUCAUCAUCUGCCCUCUUCUUCGCCUCUUCUUCCUCCUUCCUCUGCCUCUCUUCCUGAAUAUACAAAAAUAUUUGUAUGUAUUGUAUGUAUACAGUUGAAAAUACACUUUUAGAUUACCGCAAUCCUUGUUUGUCGGUAUCUCUCUUUUUCAGC